GGCUAGAUACAAAAAAGAGAAAGGCCAUUCAGCAAAAACCAAUAAUAAUGGAGAUUGAUUCAGAAACUGUGCUUGUGACAUUGAGGGAGGAAGUGGAAAGCAAAGAUGCUGAUCUUGCUGCCCACUUUUAUACUCUGGAGGACUACUACGAGCGCAAGCUCUGGUACCAGCUUUCGGAACUAUUGAAGAAGGAGAUAUACAGGAACCCAAACUCAAGGGCCAUCCGGUUGAAACUUUAUGACAACUUCAUCAGCUCUUUCAGCGAUAAGGUCAAUCAAUUGCAGUUAGUUGAGUUUUUGAUCAUUUCCUUGGCCGAUUCAUCGCCAGAAAAUGCUCUAGAAUACUUGACGAACUUGAAGCAGACACUUUUAAAGCGUGGCGAGAAGAAAUCGAGCAACUUCGCAGACCAGGAUAUGAACGAUUACGAGAUAAUACAGGCGCUAUUAUACUUGGAAAACGAGUUGGCUAAGGUUAAGUUGCAACUUGGGUUUAUUGACGAGGCAACCACGAUCAUUGAGCAAUCUCAAGAGAAGCUUGACAACUUGUCAGUCUCUGCUGACAACCGGGUCAAUGCAAGCUUUUACUACAUCAAAGCACAGCUAGUGAAGAGAAAGGGCGAUUUCAACCUAUUCUACUACAAUAGCUUGUUGUUCCUUGCGUGCAUUCCCGACAUAGACGACUUAGAGGACAAGGAGAAUGUCGUAAGGGAUAUCUGCAUCAGCGGCUUGUUAGGGGAUAAAAUUUACAACUUCGGAGAGAUCAUAAUGCACGACAUCUUCAAGUAUCUAUCAGAUGAAUGGUUAAAGGAGCUCCUCUUGAGCUUGAACAACGGUGACCUGACAAGCUUCAACAAGCUUAUUGCCAACAAAACAGAGAUUGAGAGGAUUCCAGAGGUCUCCAACAGGGUGGAGUUUCUCAAGCAGAAGAUGUGCAUAAUGGCCUUUGUCGAGCUCGUGUUCAACAAGCCUACGACGAGCAGAUGCAUCCAAUACAGCGAGAUCUUACAGAAGAUUCCUCUUCUUGUCAACGGCAACGAGAUAGAGCACUUGAUAAUGAGGUGUUUGAGUCUCGGCUUGAUCAAGGGUCUCAUAAACCAGGUUGAGGAGAACGUCGAAGUGUCCUGGAUUCAGCCUAGAACGAUGACUCUGGCGCAGAUCAAGGGCAUGAAGGCCAAGAUGGAGCUCUGGAGCGACAAGGUUUCUGUGCUCAACAAGUACAUGGGCCAGGCCGGUGGCGAGAUCCUUGUGUAGACUCCUGGAAAGUAGACCACACAGACAUAGAUUGUUUAAAGAUGAAAGAUUAAGAUGGCAGAAUUAUAUGUAUCUCUUGUAGAACCGGA